AUGACGACUGAACGCCUCUUCAGCGAGGGACACAUCGCCAUCGGCAGCUUCGCUUACAACCACCCUCAGUUCGCGGAGGAGGCGGCCGCGUUCAACACCGUCAAAGUGAACCGGAAACCUGUGAGGCAGACGCAACCCAGCAGCCCCUCCACGUUGCACAAGAGUAUCGUCAUCGCCGACUACUUCUCUUCGCUGACCCCGUUCUCGAAACAGUUGGAGGGGUUAUGCAAGCCGAGACCGAAGACCAACCGCCUACACCGCGACGGGAAGAACGGGCCCUGGCGCAUGUGCAUCACCGCCCACGACCCGGCCGCACCGCCACACACCAAGAGGUCGGAGGUUGGCGUGGCUGACGCCAGCAACGCGAAGGGUGGCGGCGCCUUAUACCCACGGCAGCUCAAAGACGACCGCAAACCGGACUCCGUGCGGUUCGACUGUGCAGCUGGAUCGUACCAUAUAAUGGACAAGGUCGGCACCGGCACCAACUCCCACGCGCACCACCAGGCGAUCAUCGACAAGUCUGUCCUUUCGACGCACGAAGCGCUCACCACGUUCGUCAUCGACCUCGACCCGAUCAGCCCCCACACGUUCGUCGACGACGUCGAAAAUAUCGCAAAGGGUACUUCGAUCGAGGUCAAGGCCGGAGUAGGCGUGCCGGCAUACGUGCCCACUCCGACACAGGCGCAGAUCGGCCGGUCCCGCGAGACCGUGGCGGGCGCGAAGGCGCGAGAGGCGGCCGCUUCUGCAAUCUUCGACGCCGCCGUGGCCGACGAAGAGGCUGCAGAGGCGAAGCAGAAGCUAGAAGACGCGGCCAAGAGGCGCAGGGUCACCGAGAAGGCUAGGGCCGACCAAGUCAAGGGUGGCAAGCUGGAGGGAUGCUCUGAAAACGUCGGGCGAACCGACCACGCCCGAGGCGGUGCCGGUGUCCGCGGAGAUAUCACGCUCGCGAGGGACAUCUUUCGACCCCGCCCCGAGUCUACGGAAAUCCCGCCCUUCAAGAGCCUCAGGUGCCCGCAGGAGGGUUGCGGCAAGGUACACAAGCUCGGGGACCGGUGGUUCUUCGACAUCCUCCAGAAGAGGUGGAAGUACGUGGGACUCAGGUGUCAACCCAAGGGCGGUCAUUCGGCGGCGGAGAUGGUACCGUGUUCAGACGAGGAGGGGAAGGAGAAGUACGGCGACAAGGAGAUGAAGACGUUGCCGUUCGUCGGGAACAACAGGGCCUCCAAGAUAGUGAGGGUACAAGGAUGCAUACACGGUGUGGCUGAUGGGGGAUGCGGCACGGUUGGAGGAGGAGAGGCGAUACCUGGAGUAUGGCACGGAGACAGAGUCCCACGUCGACUUCAACGACGCCGAGACUUACUACCAAGAGGGCUCUGUGUGGCCUAG